AUGGCAAGCAAUGCUAUACUCGAACAACUACAACAAGCAGCUGGAAAAGGAUUGUCACACAAAGAUGUUAUUGAUAAAUUUAAACAGAUCUUUGAUGAAAUAACAAAAAAUCCUGAACAAGCUGAUACAGUUGACAAUUUGAAACGGUUUCUUGAUGCAGUCGUUGAUGAUCGUAUUGUUCUUGUUGCCUCACGUCAAUUGUUAUCGGAUGUUUGUACAUUUCUUAAUCGGCUUCUGCUUGAACAAGCAAAAGAACUGGCAUUAUAUGCACUCGACAGAAUAGCUUCAAGAGCUAUUUCAUUCGAAGAUCAGGUUGGAUUAUAUCGACAUUUUCUUGCUGAUUUAUAUGAACGUGAAAAAAAUUGGCGAGAAGCAGGCAAAGUUUUAUCCAAUAUACCACUAGAAACAGCUCAAAAACCGUUGACACCUGAAUAUAAAUUACAAACGUAUCUACGUAUAGCUCGGUUAUAUUUGGAAGACGAUGAUUCGGUACAAGCUGAAACUUACAUUAAUCGAGCGUCAUUACUACAAAGUGAAACAAAAAAUGAAGAAUUGCAAAUAUUGUACAAAGCUUGCUAUGCUCGAAUCCUUGAUUAUAAACGUAAAUUUAUCGAAGCUGCGCAACGUUAUAAUGAAUUAUCUUUGAAAUCGAUUGUUAGUGCUGAUGAACGUUUAAGAGCGUUAAAUAAUGCAUUGAUUUGCGCUAUAUUAGCUCCAGCUGGACCACAUCGUUCGAGAAUGCUUGGAACAUUGUUCAAAGAUGAACGAACACAAAGAUCACAAGCAUAUUCAAUGUUAAAUAAAAUGUAUUUGGAACGAAUCAUAAGUCCUCAAGAUACAAAACAAUUUGAAGCAUUGUUAUCAGUUCAUCAAAAAGCAACAACAGCUGAUGGCUAUACAAUCCUUGAACGUGCUGUUGUUGAACAUAAUCUUGUGUCUGUUGGUAAAAUUUAUACAAAUAUAACAUUUCAAGAAUUAGGAAGAUUACUUGGUAUACCCGGCGAAAAGGUAAGAAGAGAAGCAGAACAUGUACAUUGUACAGUGAUAUCGUGCUUCUCGUCGUGUGAAAGUUAUCGUUUAAUAAGAACAAGGAAUAGUAACACUCUCAUACGGUGUGACGGAGUUGUGUUGCUUGUCAUGUCUUAACUCUUUCUCGAAGGAAACCACCUGACGAGAUCCUUGAGAAAGGUCGAAACCGAUCGUGGUAUCGUCUUUUGAUUCUUUUAGAAAUGAAUUCUGUCUGAGUCUCUAGUAACUACAAAACGGUUGUAAAAUUAACUAAAUACAAUUAUUCAAGUCGAGUUUCACAUUUAUAUAUGAAAACCGACUACUAUUAGUUAAUAUAUGCGCAUACAGUCCGAUUAUUACUUGUUACUGUCUGUACCAAAAUAGAAUGGACUCCGUUGUUUUUUUAAUAACUUUUGAUAGAAGCCAGCUAGAGAGCUCCGGCUUUCGCCAUAAGAAAGCGGAGGCUUGGGGGCAUGUUUUCAUAAGCAGAAACUUUUUCAGAAGUGUUUUCUAAAACAGCUUUUCUAGGAGAUCUUUGAAAAACCAGGUCGC